AUGCAUGUAAAGCAGCAGGGAAAUGUGAAUGUUGAAACCCAGAUCAGAUUGUUGCUUUUCCUGUCUGUGACCGGAUGGGAGAUAUUUCACUUCCUGUUAUGGAGACAACAGGAGGAAGUCCUCACUGAGACAGUUGCCACCAGAGCAUUUGCCGGCUACUACAAAGGCGGGUUUGAACCCAAAAUGACUAAAAGGGAGGCCACACUGGUGCUGGGAGUCAGCCCGACCGCAAAUAAGACAAAGAUCAGAGAGGCUCACAGACGGAUUAUGGUGCUGAACCAUCCCGACAAAGGCGGAUCUCCAUAUAUCGCAGCCAAAAUUAAUGAAGCCAAGGAUCUGCUGGAAGGACAGGCGAAGAAAUAGCUCAACGCUCUGAACU